AAUUUCUCUUUCUUUUACAGACAAAAUGAAACGGAAACCAGUACAACAGAACAAUCAAAUGCUGAAGUAAUGUUAUUGGCAACUUGUUCUUUUACCACUCCAAUUACGUGUGACCCUGACUCACUUUAUCGUACAGCAGAUGGGUCGUGUAAUAAUCUAGAGAACCCUUAUUGGGGAAAAGGAGUUACGCCGUUCAAUCGAUUUCAAACACCAGAAUACUUUGAUGGUACGCUGUCUGUUCCUUCCUCGAAACACCAGUGUUACAGGGGUGCGCUGCCAGAACCAAGAGCUGUUACUAUAGUGAUGCAUCGGAACAGUAGAAUCAGUGACUUGAGUCAGGACGUCACACAUUUUACUAUGAUCUUUGGACAGUUCCUUAACCAUGACAUGUUAAGCACCGCCACUUUUAGAAACGGUUUAGACUGCUGUACUGCUGAAGAUGUGGAACAGUGCAUGCCGAUUUUUCUGCCCAAUGAUGACCCUUAUUUCGGCGCAUUUAAUAGAGAUUGUCUCCCUUUCACGCGAGCUCUUGCUACACCUCCACUCAACUGUCAACCUGGUGCUAAAGAAGUAUUGAACAGUCAAACAAGCUUUAUCGAUUGUUCACAAGUCUAUGGAAGCACUCGUGAGCAAAGUCUCAGUUUAAGGACAAUGGCCAAUGGUUUAUUGCUAACAACCUCAGCUGAAGAUCUCGAUUUAUUACCCGUUAAUAACUCUCCUUCUGUCGAGUACCGGACAAUUUCUGUUUUAUCACUGCGACCAACUGAGAUUAUGGAUAUUAUCCAACCAUUCUUGAUCCACCCUUGGUCUCCAGUCAGUGAUGCAAGAGCGAAUCAAAACAACAUGCUUCUAACCUUACACACCGUAUUUCUGAGAGAACAUAAUCGUAUUGCAAGAUUUCUCGGUGUUGUAAAUCCCAGUCUGGACGACGAAGAACUCUUUCAAGAAUCGAGGCGGAUAAAUAUUGCACAAAUGCAGAAUAUCGUCUACAGAGAGUAUCUCCCACGUAUUCUCGGCGUUUCUGCAAUGCGGUCCCAUGGAUUGCAGUUACUGAAUAGUGGCUUCGAAGAAUAUAAUCUAAAUAUUAACCCAGCCAUUAACGUAGCAUUUUCUGGCGCUGCUUUUCGCUUCGGUCAUUCAACAAUCCGGUCGUCAUUUUCCAAUGGUAUAGGUCAGCAAAUUUUGCUGUCACCUUCAUUUAAUACCAACGAUCCUUUCUACGUAAUAGAUAAUGCCGUUGGUAAUUUCAUACGGGGUCUUUUAGUUGACCAAGCUCAAACAACAGACAGAUUACUUACUGAUCAAGUAACAGAUCGUCUCUUCGAAUCUGCUCCCGGGCAAAGUCUAGAUUUGGCUUCAAUGAACAUACAGAGAGGUCGCGAUGUUGGAUUAAGACCCUACAUCUAUUGGCGACAAUGGUGUGGCCUUUCUUUCCCAAGAAGUUUUGCAGAUCUUGUGGACCAUACAGAAGAACAACAAAUUAGACUUCAAAGGGUAUAUUCGGAUGUUGCUGAUAUUGAUCUUUGGACAGGGGGUCUAUCAGAAAGACACAUGAAUGGUAGUAAUCUAGGACCAACGUUUGCUUGCAUCAUUGGACGCCAGUUCUUGCUGCUGAAGUCCGGGGAUCGAUUCUGGUAUGAAAAUUCCGGUCCUCAAAAAUUUACCUCCAACCAGCUUGCAGCUAUACGCCAAAGCAGCCAAUCUCGGAUUUUGUGUGAUAAUAGCAACGUUGUCACCAUCCAAGCCGACCCGUUUACUAAAGUAUCAGAAACAAAUCCAGUUGUAAGUUGCGAUUCCUUACCAGAAGUGGACUUGUGUCUGUUUGCUAGACGCAUGGCGGAAUGGAGCGAAUGGUCGACCUGCGAAAUUGGAAUAAGACGUCGUGAGAGAGUUUGUCUUGGACCAACUGAUGGUCUUUGCUCAUGUGAGAAGAACUCGACGGAAACUGAUAUUGAAAGAUGUGAAUAACCUCUAGACCGUGGAGUCAAAUCGAAGAGAAAAAAAGAGAGACCUGGAAACUACAAAAUUGAUUUUUACUAGGUUUCGUCAAUAAAAUACUUUUCUGGCAGAUGUUAA